GAUGAAACUAUUAAAAGUCAGGGGUUUAUAAGUAAAAGCAUUAAAAUUUAAAAACCUUGAGUGAUUGAAGGAGGAGCUAGGGUUUUGGAACGGUGCGUGCGUGCGUCGCCAUUGUUUAUCUCGGAGUCCCUCCCAAUAGAACAGCUUAUUCGAUCUUCUUCUUCGUUUCUACAUGUGACGUCUUUGAGAUUGUGCUGUUAUAUUCAUCAAAAGAAAAUGUCGAAGAAGAAGAGUAACAGUAGUAGUUCUUCCAUGAGGAAGCUAUCCCAAGCUGGAGACAAACCUUGGUUACAGCAAAAGAAACCUGGUAAGCUAGGGAAAGAGAUUGAUGAUAUCUUUGGUGGGGGAGAGAAUAAGAAGCAGCUAUCCCAAGCAGGAGUCAAACCUGCCAAAAAAACUGGUAAAAUAGGGAAAGAGAUUGAUGAUAUUUUUGGUGGGAGAAAGAAGAAGGUAGAAGUGGAAACAAAUGAGAAAGAAGAGGCCCCUGUGAAUAAAGCAAGAGUGGCAAAGAGGAAGAGGAGCGAGGUUGACGGAUUCAACAGCAACCCAAGAACCGGACCGAGGAAGAGGACUGAAGACGGGUUACUAGUGUUCACGGAAGAUGAGCUUGGUAUCAAUAAGGCCAAUGCUGGUAAUACGCCUCUGUGCCCUUUUGACUGCCAGUGUUGCUUCUAGUCUCCUUUCUCUGUUUGAAAGUGGAUCUUAAGUUAACGCAGCUUUAUUGUUCAUGUUUGAUGAGACAAAAAAAAAAAACAAAACAGUUUAUUUUCUAUCCAGUUACUUGUUGAUUGAUUUGGCCACUACUAGUGGAUAGGAUCUUAAUAGAGAGGUCCUGAUGAAGAAAUAUGAUUGAUCUCGGAUUUGAAGCACCUCUUGCUUAGUUCAAGUCUUUAUAUCAUUUCUUAACACAUGCAUCAUGUUUGAUAUCUAUCACUUUUAAGUCUUUCUUUGAUGUUGUUGUAUCUUUUGAUUUCAUCUCUCAGAAACUACUUUAAUGGUGGGGCUGAUUCCA